GGUUCUAGCUUUUUUUAACCUCUCUGCAGAGAAUAAAAGCCUACAUCUUUAUAGUUUUUAGCCCACGACUAGUGGUUAACUGACUUGUUAGCCGAGUCCCUAGCUUCGUAAUAAGCAACGAGAGAAAUUUUACGGAUUGGGGACAUGGGUAUUCUAGUUUUGAUACUCUUAUGCCUCUUGAUCUCUAUUCCUAUCACUUCACAUGCUGCACAUCAAGAAGUCGGAGAAGAAGAAGCAGAGCAAUUGGUUUCCUCACAACCCAAAAAAUGGGAUGGCAGGGUGAUAGAAGUGAAAGGAGGCCCCGAAUCAGUGAUAUGGGUGGUGCAGCUCUCUGAUCUCCAUUUCAGUGUCCAUCACCCUGAUAGAGCCCUUGACUUCAAGAAGAUCGUGGGUCCUGCUCUUCAAAUGGUUAACCCUUCUCUCGUACUCAUCACUGGUGAUCUCACAGAUGGGAAAAGCAAAGACCUGUUAAUAAUGAAACAAAAUGAAGUUGAGUGGCUAGAGUACAAAAAUGUAAUGGAAGAUGUUGUGAAGAGAAGUGGACUUGAUAAGAGCAUAUUCUAUGAUCUCAGAGGAAAUCAUGACAGUUUUGGAGUACCUGUUGUUGGCAGUUCAUUUGAUUUCUUUUCGAAGUACAGCAUUAAUGGGCAGUUAGAAAGAAGCAGAAAAGUCAACAGUGUUACAGUUGAGACUGGUGAGCGCAAACAUCUUUUUGUUGGGUUGGACACGACAAGUUCUGUUGGUUUACGAGGCCCCAUAAAUCUUUUUGGACAUCCCACUGACAAACUAUUAACUCAGAUAGAUUCUCAGCUAUCACAAUGGGAUUCUCAAUCAAAUAAAACUGUAACUAAGAUAACUUUUGGACAUUUUCCACUUUCAUUCUCUGCUUCCUCACAUUCUGGGAAGAGCCUGAAAGAUAUUUUUCUUAAUCAUUCCAUAUCAGCUUAUCUGUGUGGACAUCUUCAUACUAGGUUUGGUAAGAAUUUAAAACGACACCACCAGUCAAUGGCCAGUCAAAACUUUUUUUCCUCACAGAAGUUUUUCCAGUUAAAUAUGCAUCAAAGACCAUCUGGAACUACUAAAAACUGUUCAUUUGGAGCUCCACCAGCUGAGGAGUUCUGGGAGUGGGAGAUGGGUGACUGGAGGAAAAGUAGAGCCAUGCGGAUUAUAGCUAUUGACAGAGGUCAUGUUUCAUAUUUGGAUGUUGAUUUUAAGUCAGGAGCCAAAAAAACUAUUGUAUUGCCCACAUUUCCACUAGAUUCACGCUUCAUGUCAACAUCUUCAUGGCGUCAAAAGUAUGAAUGUCAACAUAUGGUCCCUUCAUCUUAUGAGACAGUCAGAGCUCUUGUUUUUUCUGUCUCUCCAAUUGUUUCUGCUGUGGCCAGGAUCUAUGAUGCAAGACCUGGAACUCUGGACAUUGUCAUGGAAACACCCAUGACGAAGGUGGUGGGAGAUAUGUCCAGAGGAGAUUUUUAUGCAGCUCCUUGGAAUCACAAAGCCUUUGAUGAUCCGUCUCCUGAUAGAUUUUGGCUGCAAAUAGAAGUGAUUGACAUAAAGGGAAGAUCAACUUUGACUGAACUAAGGCCAUUUUCAGUAAAUGGUUUAACUGCUAAGAUCUCAUGGACAUGGAAGGAAUUUUUUGUAAUGGGUUGUCAAUGGGCUGCCUUGUAUUACCCAAUAUUCUGGUCUGUUAUCUAUUUGUUGUUAUCUGUUCUGCUUAUUCCAAGAGUUCUUCUCGUAUUUUCAAAGAAGCAGUAUUCUUACAGGUCUUUUAGUGUUGAAAAAGGCUUCUUUAAUGGUGUAGCAUGGGUUUUACAAGACCUCUGCAGGAUUCCAAUUGCUUGGUUUGGUAUUUUAGGAUAUUUAAUCUACCUUUUGUUAUGUCCCUGGUUUAUCGGGCAAGUUUUCUCAGAUGGUGAAGAUAAGGGGUAUAUGACCUACAUGGGUUGGGUAGUGAGAUCAUCCAAUGACAACAAAAAACAUCAGUAUAUUGGAUCUCCAGAUGUAAUGGUUGUUGUCCUUCCCCAUCUCAUCUUUGUGGUUUUGCCUGCUACUUUGGUUGCUGGGGCAUUGGCUGCUGAAAGAGGUAUGUUCAAGGAAUAUUUUCUAUCACUUUCAGGGAAGAAAGAAGAUGAUGAUUCCAGUCAGAUGCAUACUCAGAUGCUUGAUAAACAAGGAGAUAAAAGACUGAAAUUAUAUGUUGGUCAUAGGUGGAUUCGGAAAGUUAUAUUGGUCGUUUGCUUGGGAAUCUAUUGGAAACAUCUGAUGGCUUGCAGAGCCCUUAUGAAAGCUUAUGAGAUGAACCCAUUGUUCCAUUUUCCGGGCUAUAGCCUUGCAAUUCCAUUGCUGUUGGCUUAUACUGCCUAUAAAACCAGGAGGAUUUAAUGAGUGGCAGUAUGAUAGCAUUGAGCUACAACAUCAAAUUAUUUAUAUGAUUUUGGAAAGCUGUUCCAAAAUGUGAAGAAGCUCGAUGACAUCAUUCAAUACAAACUUUGUUUCAAGUUAUCAGCAAGGGUGAAAUAUUACUGUUCUGGGCUAUCGUAUAGUGAAAUAAAUUCAAGUACAAAAAAACAAUUCCUUAACAUGAUUGUUGCUUAGCUGAACUGAAAGCAAUGCUGAGCCGAAAAAACAUAGAGUUCUAAUUUUUAUUGUAGUGGUGGGCUUGCAGCUAUAGAUGGUUUAGGUUGAAUGCACUGGAGUAUCUGCUCAAAUCUGAUAACUAGAAUGUGAGUAUGCAUUCUUGAGAAAAGAUUUAUAGUGACACUAUCUAUAGCAUUGUUGUAGUUGUGAGUAUGCAUUCUUGAGAAAAGAUUUAUAGUGACACUAUCUACAGCAUUGUUGUAGUUGUUUCUUUAUAUAUAUAUAUAUAUUAUGAGCACUUCUGUUUUCGUUUUAGUUCUUUAACAACAUUUUUGCCUUACUACGAUGAAGAGCCGAGGGUGGAAAUUGCUGUGGCCUUGAAUUAAUUCUCUUAACAACAGUGAGGAGCUGAUAUGGUGUUAUUGUUGCUGUUAACAACUGUCGAGAGAUCUACCUCAUGUUUUUUGCUCAGAAUUCAGAUUAUAGCAAUUUAUUUUUUUCUUUUUAAAAAUCACGGUAUAUUAAGCUUAUUGUGUAUUUGUCUUGGCCAUAUAUUGAAUUGCAGAAGAUUGCUGCCCAAGGAGACUCAAAAGCCGAAAAGAAAAUCGUUGCCAACUUGGAUGGACUAGUCUUCUUUGUCUGCUAGCUGAAGAAACUUGGUGGAGUCUUGUGUUACCUGCAAAUAAAAUGCAACAUCCCUAGUGCUUUUUCUUUUUCUGCCACAUGCACGCAACAGAACAAGUUGAGGGAUAUGUCUGCUUCUUCUUCUUUCUUCUUUUUCAAACUAGUUGACAGAUGCGUCUGAAGAAACUAGUUGCCACUGUAUAUCUGCUCUUCUGUAGGGACAUUUAGCUUUUACGAGGUUGUUUCUUAAAUUUCCUUGGUGAGUGGUUGUUGAAGCCAAGGAAAUGCUAUCCAAUAUCAUGAUUUGUUCCUUGAUAAAUGUCUCAGAGAAUGUUUGCUGCUUC